CGGAGGCGGGGCCGGGGGCGGUCCUCCGGGGCAGGCCGGGAAUCGGGGCGGGGUCGCCGCGCAGGCACAGGGAAACGCGCGCUGCUGCAGCAUGGGACCCCUGCCGCGAACCCUGGAGCUCUUCUACGAUGUGCUGUCCCCCUACUCCUGGUUGGGCUUCGAGGUCCUGUGCCGGUAUAAGAACAUCUGGAACAUCAGCCUGCAGUUGCGCCCCACCUUCAUUGCAGGGAUCAUGAAAGACAGUGGAAACCAGCCACCAGCUCUGCUUCCCCGCAAAGCCCAGUACUUGAGAAAUGAUGUCAGGCUCCUGGGACAGCAUGUCCAGGUUCCCGUGCAGUUCCCCAAGGAUUUCUUCUCUGUGAUCCUUGAAAAAGGAAGUUUAUCAGCCAUGAGAUUCCUCACUGCUGUGAGCAUGGAACACCCAGAGAUGCUGGAGAAAGUGUCCAGGGAACUGUGGAUGCGUGUCUGGUCACGAGAUGAAGACAUCACGGAGCCCCAGAGCAUCCUGGCUGCUGCAGAGAAGGCUGGCAUGCCUUCAGAACAAGCCCGGGGACUUCUGGAAAAGAUCUCAACACCAAAGGUGAAGAACAAGCUCAAGGAGACCACUGAGGCAGCCUGUAAAUACGGGACGAGUACCGACUCAGCCUUCCAUCCCAGCCAUACUGAACACCUGCUCCAUCACCUUCCUCCCUGCACUAACUGCUCUCUCCAGGCUUUUGGGCUGCCGAUCACAGUGGCCCAUCUGGAUAACCAAACCCACAUGCUGUUUGGCUCUGAUCGGAUGGAGUUGCUGGCACACCUGCUGGGAGAGAAGUGGAUGGGCCCUGUGCCUCCAGCCACAAACGCCAGACUUUAAGGAUGGCCAGGAGAAGCAAAACUAUUGGGAUAAAAAGCAGACCUUCUGCUUCCCCUUCUUCCACUGUGUGACACUGGGACUCUGGUUUCUCUGAUAGAGGUUCCUCUGUGGUCCUGGGAGUUGCUGUAGAGGGGGUCGCGUAGUGCCCCAAACUCUGCUUUCCCUCAGAAUAAACAUAAUGCCAUGAGGCAUCAUAUUUCUGGA